AUGACCGUCUCAAGAUAUAUCGUUGACGUAGUCACGUUUCUCAAGCACAGUAUCCAGUUGAACUCGCGCUGUCUUUUUCUCAGUCUUCGAGAAAUUGUCCAAGGACGCGCGUGAUGAACAUCUCACGCCUUCAGACUGCAACUUGGACCCGCUUGCAUAUCGCGCUCAGAACGCCCGCAACGCGCGCCCACCUCGAUCGCAUGAUUUUUUGAACUCCGUUACUCAAUCAGGGACAAGCAGCCGUAUCCUCAGACCAGCUGACCCGCCUGCACCAAAAAUAUAAAUCCUUGUGACCGUCCAUCGCUGUCUCUUACCGCCAGCAGCCAGCAGUAUAUCAGAGGGGUCCCGAAGAUCAAUACAGCAACUCUCUCGAGGGUUUCUUCCUCAUGCGAUCCUACGCUUUCAAGCCUUCCGCCCUGGCAUGCGUUGCUGCAAUUGCGUCGAUAGCCAGGUCAUCCGCGCACGUCCACCAUGUCCUCGUCGGCAACUUCGGUACGAACUACAAUGUGACUCUCAUGCUUGAUGGGACACAACACGUCGGCGACGGCUACUUGUAUACGCUCGCGGUAGACGCGGACCGCGGUACUCUUCAGCUGCUCAACUCGACGUCGGCCGCGUCGGCGCAUCCGUGGCUCUCGUAUGAUAGCAACCGACGCGUCCUCUACGCAUCAGGAUGGUCGAACCCUAUUGGCGGGCAUCGCACCUAUUCAGCAUACGCCAUCCAGGACGACUUUACGCCUUUGCUCCUCAAUACCGUGCCUUCUUGCGGCACAAAGCCAAUCGCCAACCAAUUUCUCCCGCAAAUCGGGAGUGGCGUAUUCUACGGCGUCGACUUCGUGAACCCUUGCGGGGACGUAUGGUCGGUCAAGGACAAUGGCGCGUUCAACGAGAACAUCCAGACCGUCGCCUUCGAGGAAGGCGCGACUCUGCACGGCUUUGCCGACACGGCCGACCUACAGUAUAUGUAUGUCAUGGAUCUGGGCGGCAACGUCGUGCACACCUUCCGAAUCGAUGGGACCAAUGGGACCGUCACCGAGAUCGGUACAACUUCCCCAAGUAUCGACGGUGCUGGCCCGCGACACGCCGUCAUCCAUCCAUCGGGCAACUUCAUGUAUGUCAUCGACGAGGAAGGGCUCCGCGUCGACCAGUUCAUGCUCAAUACCACAACCGCUGAGCUCACGAUUACGAACAAGACGCUCGCUGUCACGCCCUUCGGACUGAGUCCGGCGAACGCGUCCGAGUACUGGGGCGACGAGAUCGCUCUCUCAUCCUCCGGCAGCGUGCUCUACACCUCGACGCGCUCGCGUGACGCGACGCAACCUGGGUUUAUCUCGGGCUGGUUGCUGACCGAGGACGGCGAUAUCGACCGUGACCUAUUCGUCGUGCCGACCCCCGAGGCAGGCGGAACGUCGAAUAUCUUGACGACGAGCCCGUGGGACGACGCGAGCAAGAACAUGCUGAUCCUGACCGAUCAGGAUACGGGCUUUGUCGCGUUGUAUAAUCUGACGGAUGGCGGCACGCUUCAGCUGUUGGAUCGAGUAAAUACACCUCACGCUAAAUCGAUGGCAGAUACACCAGCAAUCGGCGCCGCUCCUGCGCGACCUGAUGCACCAAUCAACGGCGGCACCCGGGAAGCGCCUAAGAAGAUCUUUGGGCUAGGGCAUGACGCGAAUUAUCGAGGAAAAGCUGUCAACGCUUACGAUUAUGAGCAAAAGUACGAAGCAGACGAAUACGGCGAAGAGCUAGGCCCUCACGCACGCUUUUGGCGCGUGUUGCUUGAUGAAGCACGCGUGUACGAUCAUGACAUGGUGGAAGGCUGGCGUGAUACCCUGGACGUACUCCUUGUGUUUGCCGGUCUCUUCUCGGCCGUUGUGACAACAUUUGUCGUUCAGUCGUCACAAGCGUUAAUGCCUGAUUAUGGCCAAGUCGCGGCGUCACUUCUGAUCGAGAUGAUAGCCCUGCAGCGAGCAUGGGCUAGCGGUGGCUCCAUUAACGAUGUGCCUCCGUCGACAAUUACUCUCGAUUCCGUCACCUCGACGAGAUUUGAUUACUGGUGCAACACUCUGUGGUACAUCAGCCUGGCUCUCAGUCUGUCGACGGCUCUUAUGGCCGUCCUUGUCAAGCAAUGGAUCCAAGCUUAUCAUAGCAACGUAUCUGGAACACCUCGGGACCAAGCUCUUUCGCGGCAGUUCAGACUGAUCGGUGUUCAGCGUUGGAACGUCCCCUUCAUCAUCGGCCUCCUGCCUAUGCUGCUCCACGUGUCCCUCCUGCUGUUCUUCAUCGGCCUUUCUCUGUACCUCUUCACGUUCGCCACUGCGAUAGCAUGGACAGUCACAGCGGUCGCUCUUCUCGUCUACUCCCUCUAUCUCGUGGCCAACGUGCUACCAAUGCUAGACCCCCAAUGCCCCUACAGAACACCUUUAUCGCAUUACGGAUAUAUGCUUGCUUCUGGGCUCUUUGGUGUGGACGUGGGCUGGCUGAGACCCCCUCGCAGUACACCUAGGAGUGAGGACGUACCCAUGUCUAGCCGGUCUCGAGACGCGUCACGCCCGGAGCUCCCGCUGCCUGCAAGUUCCGCUGGUCCCUUGUCGACUCUCGUCGAUCGAACACACUUCGCACGAAGGCUGCGUUUUCUGCUACCCUCCCAUGAGCUUCAAAGUCAUCCUCGACUUAAUAGGACGCCACGCGGUCGCGAAGCUCAUGCGAUGUCGCUCGUCGAGUCACAGUUGAUGAUUGAAGCUCUCACAUGGGUGUACGAUACUUCCUCGAAUCCUAGCGCCAAGCGCGUCGUUCUGGAGGCCGUGUCAGGCUUGCCCGCAGACGCGGAGAGGCGCAUCACACACAAUGACAUGCUCGAGGAGAUCCUCGUAUGCCUCGAUCAAAUGGUCCCGCUCGAGCAACGUAUACCCGGCGCGCUCGACAUACCCGUCCAUCUGACGCGUGACUGCCUCGCACGCAGUGUCCGUUUCUUCACCGUAAACGACGACAACAGUCUGCGAGAGCGGUUGGAGGACUCGAUCGAGACUCUACGCGCCACGCCUUAUCAUCCAGUUCUGGAAGAUCUCAUACGCCAGAAUUGCACGAGCGUCGCUGUCGCCAGAGACCGGCUGGGUCGCGCCAUAUUCAGUCCAGACGUCAUGGGCUACCUGCCUUUCAUUUGUUCUGCUCGCCCAUCAUCCCUUCCGCUGCAAUCAUCUGUCUGGGACCGGUUCAUUCGCUUCCUAGCAAUCGGGUCUUAUCAGGAGUGGCACUUCGAGGACCCGGCGAACCGCCUCCAUCUAGCUGUCUUCAUAUGGCGUCGUGCGGAGGCAGCCUUAGACUGCGAAUCCGCUCCGACUUCUGGAGACAUAGCUGAUAAGAAAUAUAAGAGACCGGUGCAAGCAGCAACCACGCACGCUCUCGCAACGGAUACCCGGAUCGCAAUAAGUCGCCUCUUGCGUCUCGAUUCCUCUUCAGACUCUCACAAGCUACUCGCUCGUGCGCUGGAGCUUCUACUGGCUGAUGCCGAGAAAUUUGACAGGACUCUGCUAAGCGCACAGCCCAGUCGCGACAUGGAAUCUCGCGCUUCCGUAUACAGCGAAGAGAUCAGCUUCCUUGCGCGCCUCGUCAAGGUUCGGUUAGACAACGAUCAGGCUUGGGAUUACCUGGAUACUAUGUCCAGGUUCGCGGGGUUAUCCUUGACCUCGACGGAGGCCCAAGAAGACAUACUCUACAGCUAUGCUGGCCGGACUCGUACACCCACGGAGGCGGUUCUUCGACGGCUUCUACGCUUCUUGUCCCAGCUCGUCGUCUCCGCGUUGCGUCAUCCCGUAUCAAAGGAAUCGCAAGUACGGCUGAAUGAUAUCCUUCAAGAAAUGUACAACGUCACUGCCGAAUGCCCCGACCUCAUUCGCACUGUUGUACCCGAAGAGGACGCUCUCGCCUACAUUCGGCCAUACAUGAGCAGCUGGUUGGAAGCUGGCGCUUACGACGCAGGGCUUCAGCUGUGGUCGCAUAUGGUCGACCCGUUUCGCUCGUACAUCAGGGCGCUCACAUCUACUGUGAAAGCGGGAAACCGGAGGACCAACGUCCACUACAUCAUGUACCACACCGACGACGAUACCACACCGCCUACGAGCUACUUGGCGUGGAUGCUCAUCUUCGACCUGGCCUUCUCGACCGUUAAAAAUGUCACUUGGAUGCAUCCACUGCGACAGCGCCUACAGACGGAGGAAGGGAGACGGAGGUACCGCGAGCUCAGGCAGGUGCUCGCGCCUGGUAUGGAGGCUGCAGGCCUUCGCAUGCCCAGCCUUAUCGUUGACGAUGAAGUUGAGGACGCGGCCGGGGCAGAUACGAAGGAAACACCGAAACCAACAAGUGCGAACGACGUAGGGAAGCCUGCAGGAUCGUCUUCCCCGAGAGUUGUCAAGGACGUAACGGAGGCUGCGCCAGAGGAGACCAUGCCCGAGAGCACAAAAAGGGGCGCUUCGGGUCAAGAGCGGCUCGAAGAGUAAGGGCAAUGCGGAAGAAAUAACGAAGUCGAAGGCGAAGGCGAAGACUGAGCCGUAGAUUGCUAACGCGCUGCCGUAUCAACAGCCUUGACGGACGAAGUUGAUUGAUACCUACUACAUCCUCGUCAUAACCUUUUCAUGCUACUGAGUCUCGUGUCCUUCUAUACGAGUGGCUUCUGCUUCGUCCAUCUGCUCGUCCCAUUGCGGCAGCCUGAUCUCCGCAGCUGCGAAAUUACCAGAUAUAUCCAGUUCGUUCGACAGUUCGUGAUACCUUCGUCUCCCAGAUUCCGUGGCAAU